AUGACAGCACUCAGACAGCGACUACGCAAGCUGCCCAGAGAUCUGCAUAAGUACUACGAAGACAUUGUCAAGCGAUGUACUAAGGCACUCAAGGAAAAGGCCUAUGCAUUACUGGAGAUUGUCACUCGCAGCUUUGAGAUCCUCCCGAUCCAUCAGGUCUUACUUGUUCUCGUCUGUUCCUACUUCCCGACCUACGAUAACUGCUACCAGGCCGUGAACACGGACAAGAUCAAGGGAUUCAAUCUUUACACCGCCAGACGACUCAUUAAUAGUGCAUGCGGUGGACUGCUAGAAAUCACCGAAAGCAAAAGGCAGUUUCGAAUCCAGCUUAUGCAUCAAACAGUCCGAGAAUUCGUACUCAGCCCCAAGUUCAAAUCCCUGAUCCUCGGUGAUCUCGCCAAAUACCAACAUGAGAACGGACAUUCUUUCUUUUUCAAGUUCAUGUUUGUAUUCAGAAGGAUGCCUUCAAAUAAUGUGUUCAAGGCCUCUAAGUACCACGACGAUGUGCCCAAGUAUACGGACGAAGACGUGACGAAGCAUUGCAAAGGCGCCGAGCUAACGACUGGCAAGAGCCAGAUUGACUUCUUGGAGUCAGUACCGUCGUCGUGGCUACUCGCCCGUACUAAGACCGAAAAGCCUGGCACGUCAAACGAGAACCACGAUAGCCGUCCUCUCUCAAGCAUGCCUCACCAUGACCUUGUCUUCAUCUUCGCAGUUCAGAAUGGCCUCCACUUGUGCAUCAUCGAUCUCGUGCAAAGGUACUACCAAGCCUCGGAGGAGAAGGACCGGCUUAUUUACAACUUCAUUCGCGCGAUUAAUGGCUCUCAACUUGGCUCUGACGACCUAAGGACGUCGCUCGACAUUCUGCAAGCUUCGGACUUUCGACUCCAAGGCAUGUCAAAGCAGCUUUUCAUCGAGCACCAGGAGUGCUUCUGCAGCGCCGAGGUCACCGUCUCGGUGCCGGACGCACCGGACUUCAACUUAGUGGACCUUCGAGAGGAUAUGUUGGAAUUGUGGAUUGGACUUCUGACUCAGGAGGAGAAUCCCAUAUCGACGAUCCGAACUUUGGUUGACGCCUGCGGUGUCAUGACGCACGUCUGCAGUCCCCAGCUCGUGCUGUGGCUCCUCGAGCACGGCAUGAACCCGUCGGAGCCUGACAUGGAUGGCCGAACCCUCGUCGACUACCUGGUUUUCUUUGCCGCCUUUACCGGGUACCACGCACACCAGACGGCGGUCUGUACACAGUUGAUUGAAUCGAGUGUGAUGACGCUCCAGCAGGGCGGACUACCGCAUCAAGCCUCUCGUAAGGUCUGGAAAAGGGUGCGGGCCCGUCUUGCCGCUUCUAAAACACCGAUUCUAUGCAUUGAUCCAGAGACGCGAGGCGACGCACAGCCUAGCAGCUUAGUUCAAGUAUCUGACGCUACGAUGAUGUCGUACUUGGAUAGGGCCUACGACUCCCUGGACAUGGCUUCCGAAUUGCAGUGGGUGCCGCCGAUAGCGGCUGCCAGGACCGGACGUCGUCUCAUUGUGAAACUCAAGAGGCUGCUGAAGAUACGCUCUAAGCGAUAG